ACAGUUACAUGACACUAAACAGCGAUAGCGAUAGUCGGAGAUCGAUAGGAUGGCGCCGGGCAGUGAUAGCCUUGUUUGGUGUACCUCUAUAGUUUGGUGAAUAAUAAAAGUGACAACUAGGUAGUAGGUAAUAUCUAUCUGUGGACAGAAUUACAGAAAAACACCAGGGUAAUCAGUACCUAAUGCUAAUGAGUAAUGACUAGUAAAGGAAUUCUGUUCCUUUAUUAAAAAAAAAAAAAAGAUUGUUAAUACCUGUACUGUGUAUUUCUAAUUAUUAUAGUGUAAUGGCUUUACCAGUAGCACAACCGGCUGAAGUUUUGCGUGCUUACCAAAAAGAUGAUCUCUAUGAGAAACAACUUGCAGGUUCCAUAGCCAGACUUGUUCCCUCAUAUCAUGCAUCUAAAGCUAUACCAGUUUCCUCGUUAUUGUAUAAAUCAUUCACAACACUUAAGGACUUACAAACUUUGGGAGAAGAAUAUUCUGGAAUUGUUCAAGUUGAUGAAACAUAUCACAGACUGCCUUCAUUUAGUAGUCGUCUCCUUAGCAUUUUACUUUCAGCAUUUGGAGAAAACUUAACACGAAGGUUGCUUAGCCAUAUUGAAAAGCAAAUUGUACAAAAUUCAUCUUUGAAGCCACAAGCACAGAAUUUAAUAAUAAUUGUAUUGAAAACACUCAGUAAUGUAGUCCCACAAAUUGAAAGUAUACACAGGGCAUUAUCAUACAUUACUGGAGGGCCUUUGCAAAUUGGUAAGACAGCCACUGGGAUAAAUUAUGUGCAUGUGCGGCCAGCUGCAGCAGCAUAUUAUGCUCAUUUAAGGUUAUUGGGUAUAGUUACCUUGCUACAUGCUUUUAUUUCAUGUGGUCAAAGUUUAUACCAAGCUAAAAAACAGAUGGAUGAUAUGUCAGAUUUUCCAAAUGAGGUUGAUAAUAGUAAAUCUUGUAUUGCAUGUUUGGAAGAGAUAAUCCAACCUAGUGUGCUGCAAUGUGGCCACUUGUUUUGUAUGCAAUGCUGUUAUGGAGUGUUGGACAGCUGUCCGUUGUGUCGUUCUCCAUUUAGUAAGAAUACUGUUGUACCUUUAAUGAAUUACAGUCCAUGACAUUUGCGACUGAUCGCAAAUAAUAAAUAUAUUUAAGAAAAUAGUUUUUUUAAAUUAAAUAUUUAUUUGGAAUGAUGCAGUAAGAAAAUUAAACUAAAUAUCUUA